UUUAUGUUUGAGAUUUGACAGCUGAUGAAAAAUGUCGACGCAAACAAUUAAAUUGCAUGUUUUGUGUAAUCAUCGUAAUGGCAUUUGUGUGCGUCUUGAAAAUUAUUUAAUUUAAUUUUCUACUGGCACAUAUGCGAUGUUUGAAUUCAAAUAAAUUACACUUCCAGAUUAGAAUAUUGUAACAGGCCCUUGCAAAAUGCCGAGUUCUCUUCUGUUCGCUAUCAACAAUGAAGGGCGAGUGUUUGGCUUAUCGACAACUGGCACGAAGUGGAGGGAGUUCGUGUACCUUGGUUUGGAGUUCAAACAUUUAUCGGCAGUGCCUCACUUCAUGUGGGCAGUGGGCGGCGACCGUCAAAUAUAUGUCCAUGUGCAUGGGCUCGACAUACCAAUCCGGAUAAAAGAAGAAGCAUAUGAGAAUGAGAGGUGGCUGCCGCUGGAAGGCUUCUCGGGACGGCUGCUGCCCACGGACCGCUACCACUACUCCAGCUGCGACGGCUCCAAGGACCGCGGCCUGGACAAGAUCCGCCUGCCCUCGAUGGCCUGGCAGUGGGAGGGGGAGUGGCACCUGGAGACCACGCUCGACGGCCAGACGCUGGACCACGACGGCUGGACCUACGCGGUCGACUUCCCCGCCACGUUCUCCGUCAAGAAGCAGUGGAAGUCCUGCGUGAGGCGUCGCAAGUGGGUGCGGUACCGCCGGUACAGCGCCCUCAACUCCUGGUGUGCCAUCGCCCCUCUCCACAAAGACCCGACGCAGGAGCCAUUCAUUGACGUGUCGGUGGGAGGUCAGAACGUGCCUGGCGGAGACCCGGGCCACUUGAUGGUGUGGGCCAUCACAGCACACGGACGGGUGAUGGUGCGCACCAGCGUGAGCACCACGGCGCCGGAGGGGCUGCGCUGGACGGCCGUGUCGGUGCCGCAGGGCUGCGAGGUGACCCAGGUGGGCGUGGGCCCCACGGGGCUCGUGUGGGCCGUGCUGUGGAACGGCCGCGCCCUCGUGCGCUCCGGCGUCACCCGCGACAACCCCACAGGGGACUUCUGGCUGGAGGUGGGAGCGCCGGAGGACCUGAAGCUGGCGCAAGUGUCGGUGGGCACCAACACCGUGUGGGCGGUGACCCGGGACCACCGCGUGUGGUUCCGCAAGGGCGUCCGCGGGGAGAGCUCGGGGACCAGCGACGAGAUGGCGCGGGGCUCGGGCUGGGUCGAGAUGGUCGGCAACAUGGCGGUCGUCUCCGUCGCGGCCAACGACCAGGUGUGGGCGGUGGGCAGCGAGGACCGCUGCCUGUACUUCCGCACCGGGGUGCUCCCGUCGGAGCUGACUGGCAAGAAGUGGCGCCCCAUCCACGCGCCGACCCAGAUCAGCCGCACCAGCAGCAACGCCAGCCUCUGGUCGGCGUGCGGCAAGCGCAACAGCAUCUGCCGGUCGUCGCGGGACAAGCGCGUGCGCAGCUGGAGCUCGCUGUCGCGGGGCAACGCCUCGCUGGGGGAGGCGCCCGCGGCGGGCCCCGACUGGGAGGAGACCUCCCGCUCCGCCCCCACCCCCACCUCCCUGCGGCUGCAGCCCAGCCUGUGGCAGAGGAGCAGCGACGGCACUUCGCUCGCCCGCACCAACUGCUCCGCCGAGUCCAUCAGCGAGAGCGCCAGCACGGGCAAGAGGCGUGGAAGCAGGGUGGAUCGGUGCCGCAGGUCGGAGGAGGAGCUGAACUCGGACCCGGGCAGCAGCGAGAUGCUCGGCGCGGGGACCAUCCAGGAACACUCGGAGGGGCGCGUGACGGAGCUGCCCCCGGUGUUCGUGCUGGGCAAGGGGGCGGGCGAGCCGUGCAGGAAGAACCCCGUGGCGUGGAGCCCCAUCCGCAGCGUGGGGUCCGUGGUGGGCAUGGAGCUGCACCCCGAGACGGACGAGUGCGUGUUCGACCCGGACGCCUCGGGGGACUCGGGGGUGUUCGGGGAAGGCGACGAGGACGACCUGCUCUCCGGGGAGGAGGGGGGCAUGCUGUGGGUCUCCGUGGCGGCGGGCGCCUGCUGCGUGGACCCGCUCUUCCCACCCAACUGGUUCGUGGAGAAGCCAGUGUCGUCGGAAGUGGAGGUCGCCAAGCCGUGGAGAGUGAAAGUGCUGUCCGAACUGAAGCAACGGACAACGCGUGAGACAGCAGGCUUUGACGCGUAUGAGAAGGCAGUAGAAAUGUCCUCGUGGGUGAAGACGGGCCAGGCCCGCUGCCUGCUGAAGGACGGGGCAGACGGCCAGUACGAGGACUGCGUCCUGGAGCUGGAGUGGAUCGGCAGCGACAAGGGCAGCCUGGACUACGGCUCCCUCGCCAUCACCAACACCGACAAGACCCGGACCAAGGUGCAGUUCAGCCUGUCGGAGAUCACGUGCGUGGUGUGCUGCAGCGAGCCGACCCACCCCCGCCUCGCCGUGCACGCCCCGAAGCUGGCCCGGCUGGCGUCCCCCGUCAGGCUGGAGUUCAGCGGCGACCUGGACAAGGAGGACUGGAUGGCCAACCUCACCCUGGUGUGCUGCCAGAUGUGGAACGCCCACGGAGCCCCGAGCCCCGGUGCCACGUGGAUCACGACCAGCCUGGGAGACGUGUUCGUGUUCGACCCGGCCACUCUGGAGGCAAGCCAACUGCGCGGGGAGCUCUACGCACAGGAGCUGGACGUGGCGGGCAACGUCACCCCCUACUUGGCCGCCCUCCACAACGGCUUCCCUCCCGGCAGCGUGCUGACCAUCGAGGCUUCCGUUCCGGACGACGCCUACAGGUUCACAGUGAACCUGCAGUGCCUGCACGCCGGCUCGCCGGAGCGGCCCGACCAGGACGCCCGGGACGUGGCGCUGCACUUGAACCCGCGCUUCGAGGAGUCCGUGGUGGUGCGCAACUCCCUGGUCGCCGGGCAGUGGGGCGACGAGGAGCGCGAGGGCGACGCGCCCCUGCGGAGGGGCUGCGAGUUCACCCUGACCCUGCUCUGCGAGGAGGAGGGCUUCAAGAUCACCGUUGACGACCAGCUGUUCACGUACUUCCGGCACCGCCAGAAGCCUCACUUCGUCACCCACGUCAACAUCCUGGGAGAUGUGUUGCUGAAGAAAAUUGUGUACCAGUCGAAGAUGGUGAUCGUGCACCCCCUGGACAUGUUCUGGAGGCAGAUGGGGGGCCACCUGCGGCUCGUGGAGACGUGCUCGGCCGGAGUCACCUGGGGGCUGGGCUACGACUGCACCGGCUGGGUGUACACGGGCGGCUGGGGCGGCGCCUUCCUCAGAGGCCUGGAGACCAGCAGCACUGGCAUCCACCAGAUGAGGGACACGCACACGCACCUGGUGUACGAGAACCAGCGCUGGAACCCCCUGACGGGCUACACGGCCCACGGCCUGCCCACGGACCGCUACAUGUGGAGCGACAAGAGCGGGCGGCACCGGCGCACGCGCGACAAGACCCGGCUGCUCUCCAUGCACUGGCAGUGGGUGUGCGACUGGCACAUAGACUUCCACGCGCCGGGAGGGGUGGACAAGGAGGGCUGGCAGUACGCGCUGGACUUCCCCGCCACGUACCACGGCCAGAAGGGCUUCACGGACUACGUGAGGCGGCGGCGCUGGGUGCGCAAGGCACAGCUGACCACCAGCGGGCCGUGGCAGGAGCUGGGCACCACCAGGCUCGUCGACGUCUCGCUGCAGGUGGACAUGGAGGACGGAGUGGACAGUCUGAUCGAUGCUUGGGCGGUGGCCGUCAAUGGAGAUGCUUUGUUCAGGAAAGGAGUGUCCAACUCCUGUCCAGCCGGCACGGUGUGGGAGCACGUCCCCAGCGACCUGCCGCUGGUCAGCAUCAGCUGCGGCCCCGACAACCAGGUGUGGGCCGUGGGCAAGGACGGCUCUGCCUACUGGCGCUUCGGCAUCUCCGCGUCCAAGCGCAUGGGUGAGGUGUGGGAGGCGGUGGAGCCCCCCGAGGGCAAGACCCUGAAGCAGGUGUCGGUGGGGCGCAGCGCGGUGUGGGGGCGGGACUCCGGGGGCCAGCUGUUUGUGCGACGCGAGGUCACCCCGGUGUUCCCGGAGGGCACGCACUGGCAGGCGGUGGCGUCCCCUUCCGCGCCGGCCGCCGGCGGCAGCAGCAGCGCGGGCACGGCAGGCGUGGAGUUCCAGCACGUGUCGGCCGGACCCGUGCUGGGGGAGGUGUGGGCCGUGACGAGUGCAGGCGUGGUGUGCCGGCGGUACGGCGUCACCGUCGACAACCCCGCCGGCACGGGCUGGAGCUACGGCAUCGGGGGGAACUGGCACCACGUGAGUGCUCGCGGCUGCAGCGUCAAGCCCAGCGCGUGAUCCCCCCCCUCCCCCUGGAACUGAGCUCUAGCCUGCGACCCUGUGUGUGCCGUCAGCUUCCGGUCGUGUGUCUGGGGAUCGCUGUAUUUCCUCUAAAUCCUGUGUGCUUUCUCACAAUAUAGUCAUUCGUAUAUUCUGCAUUAAAUGUUUUGGAACUCUGAGUUAUUACAUUUGUAAGUGUACAGGGCAUUGAAAUCCCCUUGAAAUAUUUCCGGCUGAAUAAGCAAGAAUAAUUUUGUAUAUUAUUGGUAAUCUCACAUCUUUUUAACAAGGUUUUAGAGUAGUUGAAACUUAAUCUAAAGAAAAUACUACAUAUGUGCAAAAUGCUAAGUAUUGAACAUGCUAAUUGAAUAAAGUAAUGAAAAAAUUGUAAAUAAAGUAUUAUAUAAAGUUAGUCAUCAACUACUAUAGCAAGCAAGUAAAUGUGCACAAAGUAAUGUAUGUAUAUCUUCCUGGAAAUGCUGUAUUUAAAUAUUUAAAGAAAAUAGGUACUACAUAUGUGCAAAAUGCUAAGUAUUGAACAUGCUAAUUGAAUAAAGUAUUGAAAAAAUUGUAAAUAAACUUUAUAUAAAGUUAGUCAUCAACUACUAUAGCAAGCAAGUAAAUGUGCACAAAGUAAUGUAUGUAUAUCUUCCUGGAAAUGCUGUAUUUAAAUAUUUGAGCAUUAUAACAACCCAUAUAUUGUAUUUAAGGUAGUGUUUGCCACACUUCCUUUGCUCCAGUGCUCAGUAAAAAUGAAAAGUGUGUUUUUUUUUACUAUGUAUAUUUCACAUAUAGUGUGAAUGAACAACCUGAUGUUUUCCCAUUAAGAUUACCCGUUGGAACCAUGCUCAUGUUCAAACUGCAGCUGUUGUACAGGCUUGUGUUGGAAGCUGGAGCUGCUUCUCAGGCAGUUUUAGUGUCCCUGGUGUGUGGCUUUCACCUCGGGAACAAACAUUCCAAGUGUGUGUGCUUCCUGCGACAGUCCCCUGUGCAUGCGUGUCGGGGAAACUGCUUUGCCUUCGCAGGCUGCUGCUUGGCGAGUGUACAGAGCUCACUUGCAUCAGGAGCCAGAUGAGUCGCUCCGGGGGAAAGGCAAAGCCGGGAGUGCUUAUCGGACAGCAUCUCCUCAUCUCCAGUUAGUCCACAUCCAGAGAAAGUAGAUCAACGGAGAAUUGAAAGCUUUUAGAACUUGGCAUCCUACUCAGCGCCAAAUCCCGAAACAAAUUUGCCUCAUGAGAGGCAACAACAGGCUGAUCAUUAAAUGGUUUUCCUUUUCCGGUUUCUAACCAUGUAAAUGUACCUACCUAUGUGCAGAACUAUUACCACUGCCAAGUUGCCUGGUGUGUAGUUUGUUGCAUUUGUGACCAGCUACAUAUGUUGUUUUGUGUUUGACUAUCUGUUCGUACUUUGUCAAUAUGUAUAUAGGUACAAUCUAGUCAUAGGUUUUCCAGCUGUAUUUUUGAUGCCGAUCAUUCCUUUUACACAAUCUUGUUACUCGUAAGUUUGAUGUCUAAAAAAAUAAAAUGUACCAAUGUAUUUAUUCUGUCUUUAUCUGUAUGAAUGUUGAUAUUGUAGAUGUGCUUUAAUGUCCGUUGUAUUCAGUAUAUUCACUUUUUCCUAUAGAAUUUAAAAAAAAUAUUUUUUUUUAGUUUUUAUCUAAUAUAUAUAUAUAGAAUUAUUUGUAAUGUUGAUUUAACUCAUGAAACCAACUGUCUUCUGUUCUAUUUAAUUACAUGAAACUAUUAACUGUCUAAAGGUUAUGUGGUUUGUAGAGUCAAACAAUUUUUUUCUGGACAAUGAUCAAAUUUAAAAUUUUAAUUUCAAUAUUGUUUUUAAAAUUUUAUAUACAUUAGCUUAUUUUGAAUUGUUAUUGAGGGUUCUCAACUUUAAAUUUUAUUAGUCUGCCAAAUGUUUGCUUUUUCCUUAAUGUUAUGUUCUAGCACAGUUCAGACAAGAGAUAGCAAUAUUUUAUUUCAUAACUUAAAAAUAGUAUAGCUAGUUAAAAUACUAACUUCAGAAACAGUAAGAUUUGUUCUGUCAUGUAUUUAACAGUUAUAUGUAAUAUAUUAUUUUUUGUCUCAAAUGUAAUUUAAAUAAAAAAAUUUGAUUAAUUUAAGGCUUUUAAAAUUAAAUUGAGGCAGAGUGUCCGAGGAGGAAGAAAUGCAAAUCAAAAAUUUUGAAUGCUUGCAUUAAUACCUACAGGUACAGAUAUAAGAGUUUUCUCAAUACAUUAGCAAAUAUUUACCAAUAAUAUUCACCUUAUUUAGCAAAUAUUGAUUAAUAAAUAAUUUGGAUAAGCCUGUUGCCACAAUUGACAAGGACUAUUUUGCAACCUCGUAUGAUAGUUGUGGUGCUUAAUAUCAUUAAAUCUCAACAUAUACGCAUAAACAUUUUCUGUUCACGAUUAAAAUUUCAAAAAGGUAUCAUUUCACAACUGUAGCUAAUUUCCUUUUAGAGUUAUGUGUAGUUUUCUUUUGAAAGCAAGGGUUGUGUUUUUUAUAAAAAUAUACAUUUGCUAAUUUUUUUGUCCUGGACAUAAUUUUUUGCCAAAGUGCCAGUAUGUAUUUAUUUAUCAGUGAUGUUACUUUAAUAUUUUUUGCAUUAUGUUAUGCGCUUAUCUGUUUUAUAAUUUACUAUUUUAUUAAUAGAUAUCAUAAUGUGAAUGUAUAAUAUACAGAACCUGUACUGAAGAGAAUAAAUCAAUGAACUUUUGUGUUAAAACUUUUGAACACCCUUAUAACAUUCCUGAUGUUGCAGCUUUGCGUGUUCUGCGGUGCAUGGCGUAAUGUUACACCAGCUUGCAUUUUGUGUACUGUAUAUUUCCAGGGUGUUGAUCUGUGUGUAAGCCUGUGCUGAGUUAUUUUUCCCCUUGGAUUGUAAAUUACUAUUAUUUAUAUUCAUUUUAACUCACUAAAAUCUUUCCAAUCACAAGUGUAUUAUAUAUUAAAAGUUUUUG